AUGGCUGCAACACCAGUCGGCCUCCUGAGUUCCAUGGCCACAGAGCCGCUGCUGCAGAGUUUGAUAAUCACUGGCAAGCAGGUGACCGUGCGCAGUCCUGCGGCCACAAUAUCUCGCGGUGCUGCUCAGCGUUCUCGCUCUCCCAGUCCAACUGACGAAUACCUGCUCGACGAAGCCAUCGCAAACCUGGUAGACUUUGAUAUGGACGGUGAACAGGCCGAAACCCCUGUGGACAACAACAAAACUAAUAGGUCCAACACACCGAAGUUCGAACGGGUCCUAGGCAAGCGUCCUCGUGGAGCAUCUGGCAGCAACGACAAAUCCAAUGGGCAUCAAGGGGCUAGAAAGAGGACUAGACGCACGGGUAUCGACUGUUGUUGCCUCGCAUGUACAGGCAACGCUGGGCCUUCGAGGGGCUAG